AUGUUUCAUGAUGCGAGAGAUAUUUACAAAAGCAAAGAAAAACCAUCAACAGGUAGUUCAGAUUUUCUGAAGGAUGAAGAUAUCCCAAAAGCUUUAAAGGAUUCGUUAAUAUCUCAAGACACAAAUGAAGAAGAAGUUAUGAAAAUUUUAGAUAGAAAAUCAAAUCAAGCUAAAGAAACGACUGAAAUUGAAUUUCAUUUAAAAUUUCGUCGCCGAGCAUCACAAGUAAAUUUAUCAGCACUUAAUGACAAUCAAAUCGAAGAAGAAAAUAUUUGGAAUGAUGCACGAUGCUGUCCUGAUAAUUGCGAUGAAAGUUGCCCAUUUAAGUGUCCAAGCAGCUCAGAAAUAUUUUUAGCAGAUCAUACAAGAUUUGACACAAGUUCUCAAUCUCUUCUCCGCAAAGCUUCGUCGAUGUCAGUCAUCAGUUCAACUGAACACGAACGAUCUGAAUUUUUGUCUCUUACCAAUCUGAUUCCAUUGCAUCAUAGUUCUGUAAUCAUCCGAUGGAAUGUCAAGUCUAUUGUGGGCAUAAAAGGUUACAAGGUUUAUCUCGAUGGAAGAUUAAAAUCAAAGAUAUAUUCAUCUGAAAGAACAUCAGCACUCAUCACAAAUGUUGACUUAACUCGCUCACACAACUUUUUAAUUCUCAUCAUUCCCGAUGAAAAGCACAAGCUUUAUUCUCAUGAAUUUUUGUUUAAAAACAAUUUAAUCAAGCCAUUAAGUUACUGGUACUUGCCAAUUAAAAAUGAAAUUUUGUAA